AUGGCCGGUUUUGUAGAAUUUUCAGUAUAUUUAUCUUGCUUAGUUUUUUUAAUUCAUUUUUAUUACAUUUUUUUAAUUGCUAUUGGAUUUUUCGGUCACAUAUUAUUAUUUUUAUGCGUACCCUCCAUUUUAUUUGGAGUAAUUUAUAAAUAUAGAAUUCCUAGGCCUGCUAAUUCAGGUGUAAUUAGUAUAUUUGGCGAUGCUUGGGGAGCUUAUAAAUCAUUACCUGAUGAUUUAUUAGGUAAAGGAGAUUAUGAAAUGAAAAUUGUGGGGCAUCGGGCUUGUGGGUUAGAUGCCCCAGAAAAUAGUUUAUCAUCACUUAAAAAGGUUGCUAAAGAGGGAAUGAAAGCCGUUGAAUUUGAUGUUUUGUUAACAUCAGAUAAUAUAGCAAUUGUUUUUCACGAUCAUUCAUUAAUCAGAAUGACAAAUUGUGAUAAAUUGGUCGAAAAAACAGAGUACGAAGAAAUUCAAAAACUUGAUAUUUCGGUUAAUCAUCCCUUUAGCAAAAACUUUCCAAAAGAAAAAAUUCCAACCAUAGAUGAAUUUAUAAAAUAUUGUAUUGACAAUAAUAUAAGAAUGUUUAUCGAUUUAAAAAGCAAUUCGAAAAGUAUUAAAGAUAAAAUUAUUGAAUUGUAUAAGUGCCAUCCUAGAUUAUAUGAACUUGCAGUUGUGUCUACAUUUAACCCCAUUUUAAUUUAUAAGAUUCGAUCGGAGGAUCCUAAAAUUGCAUGUUCUCUAGCUUGGAGACCUUAUUAUUAUUCUCAUGAAGAAUUUAAUGGAGAAUUAGGUCCUACUAAUCCUAGAACGACAAGUUUAUUUUAUUUAAUUUUUUUAAGAAUAUUAAAUUAUGUUCACGAAUGGGUAUUAUGGAAAUUUGGGUACUACAUAUUGGGAUUGUCUGCAUUACUUCUUCAUAAGGAUAUGAUAACUUGGGAUGUUAUAAGAUAUUGGACAAAAAGAGGAGUGAGAGUUAUUGCUUGGACAGUAAAUCUUCCAACGGAAAAACAAUAUUUUGAAAAAAUAUUUAAAAUCACUUAUUUAACAGAUACAUUAAUAAACAGUUGA